UGCCCAACUAUAUAUAUAUAUACUCUGCUUCUUUCAACAUCCGCCUCCCUUCAACUCCACGGCGCAGAUCCGAGGAGUUCGGGAAACCCUAGCUCCGCCGUCUUCAGUCCUCUCUUUCUCACUCUCUCUUUCUCUUUCUACGAAAAUCACUGCUUGCAGAUAUGGCUGGUCUGGCUUCAGAAGGAACGCAGUUUGAUGCUCGCAAAUAUGAUGCUAAAAUGAAUGAAUUGCUGUCAAAUGAUGGACAAGAUUUCUUCACGUCAUAUGAUGAGGUUCAUGAAAGUUUUGAUUCCAUGGGAUUGCUCGAAAAGCUACUGAGGGGCAUCUAUGCAUACGGUUUUGAGAAGCCAUCUGCAAUCCAGCAAAGGGGAAUUGUUCCUUUCUGCAAGGGUCUUGAUGUCAUUCAGCAGGCUCAAUCUGGAACUGGGAAAACUGCUACUUUCUGUUCUGGUAUUUUGCAGCUACUUGAUUAUGAUUUGGUUCAGUGCCAGGCCUUGGUUUUGGCACCCACUAGGGAACUGGCACAACAGAUAGAGAAAGUUAUGCGAGCACUUGGUGACUACCUUGGUGUAAAGGUUCACGCUUGUGUGGGUGGAACUAGUGUGCGCGAGGAUCAACGCAUUCUUCAAGCUGGUGUUCAUGUUGUUGUUGGAACUCCGGGUCGUGUGUUUGACAUGUUGCGAAGGCAGUCACUUUGCUCGGAUUACAUUAAGAUGUUUGUGCUGGAUGAGGCUGAUGAAAUGCUUUCUCGUGGUUUCAAGGAUCAGAUAUAUGACAUUUUCCAGCUCCUGCCAUCAAAGGUCCAGGUUGGUGUUUUUUCUGCUACAAUGCCCCCUGAAGCCCUUGAGAUCACUAGAAAGUUUAUGAAUAAGCCCGUGAGGAUCUUGGUGAAACGCGAUGAGCUCACCCUUGAAGGUAUCAAGCAAUUUCAUGUCAAUGUUGAAAAGGAAGAAUGGAAGCUUGAAACGCUUUGUGAUCUGUACGAGACCCUGGCCAUCACCCAGAGUGUCAUUUUUGUCAACACAAGGCGCAAAGUGGACUGGCUUACUGACAAGAUGCGAAGCCGUGACCACACCGUCUCUGCCACCCAUGGUGACAUGGACCAGAACACUCGUGACAUAAUUAUGCGCGAGUUCCGCUCUGGCUCCUCUCGUGUUCUAAUUACUACCGAUCUCUUGGCUCGUGGUAUUGAUGUGCAACAAGUUUCACUUGUCAUUAAUUAUGACUUGCCUACUCAACCAGAAAACUACCUUCAUCGUAUAGGACGAAGUGGUCGGUUCGGAAGGAAAGGUGUUGCCAUUAACUUUGUGACUAGGGAGGAUGAGAGAAUGCUGUUUGACAUUCAGAAGUUUUACAAUGUUGUCGUUGAGGAGCUGCCAUCUAACGUUGCUGAUCUCCUCUGAAGAGCUCUUUUUGUUUCGUCUGAGGCAAUUGGUUUUUUUUUUUUUUUUUUUUUUUUUUUCCCUUCGCUUAGUUGCAAGUACUAUUUAAUCCCCCCUUUUUUGCUCUUCCUUUUUCCCCUCCCAAUUUAGUGUCUUAAGUUAAUGUUUUUUGAACAUAUUUAUCUGACCAUCAAGGCCAACAUAAUGAUAUCCGUCCCGCUUCACUGCGAUAUAGGUGUAGACAGAUUCUCAUUUUGCACAGCGGUGAGGUGGGGCUUUUAUUAUUUCAAAUUUUGUUUUCAUUUAGGCUUUGUAUUGUACGGUCCUUUUAAUUUUUUUCCCUUGGAAUUUAUUAUAAGAAAGAUGGUAGUCAAGGAUUGGUUUA